AUGGGCUUGAUACGACUGGCAGUGUGCGUGAGCGGCGUCUAUGGCGCAUUCUUGUGGUGGGCCAUUGCUCAGGAGCGACUCUCCGCUCCGUUCCCCGGCAUUGCCCCGCACUCGUCGGACAAGUUCCCCUCCCCGCUCUUCUUCAACUGGUGCCAGUCGUUGGCCUCGGCGACCUGUGCGGCCAUCUACCUCCUCGUCGUCGGCGUGUCCGACGGCUCGCUGAAGCGUGAUGGUGUGCUGAGCACGUUGGGCCUCAAGCGGCUGUUUGCUUCUCUCCCCGGUAAGAAGAAUGACGGCGCCACCACUCCACCAACGACCAACGGCGACGGCGACGGCAACGGCAACGGCAAUGGCAGCGGCAGUACGCCACAGGUGGCCGCCUUGCGUGCCUACAUCAACGGUACCGGUUCUGCGACCGUGAGCGCGACCGCCAGCGAGAACGGCAGCCUGGAUGACAAGACCGAGAAGGACGAGGAGAGCCGCCGGCCCAGCCCCAGCCCCGAGGCCAACAGCAAGGCCACCGUCGCCGCUCCCCAGCCCCCGCGCCCUUGGUACCAGUCGCUCCCCGUCUUGCUCCUCCAGGUCUCCAUCUUCCAGACGACCGCCGGUCCUCUCGGGUUUCUGGCUCUGAGGCACAUCUCGUACCCGACCAUGGUCCUUGGCAAGUCGUGCAAGCUCAUCCCCGUCCUCCUUCUCAACGUCCUCCUGUACCGCCGCCGGUUCGGCGCGCACAAGUAUGUCGUCGUCGCGCUCGUCUCGGCUGGUAUCUCGCUGUUCAUGCUCUUUGGCAAGAAGUCGGCCAGCAAGGGUGGCGACAGCGUGUGGGGCCUGUCUCUGCUGCUUUUCAACCUCUUUGUCGACGGCCUGACCAACUCGACCCAAGACCAGAUUUUCGCCCUGUACAAGGGGUACUCUGGCCAGCAAAUGAUGUUUAUCAUGGCGUGCAUGUCCCUCUCGGUGCUCACGCCCGCCAUGCUCCUCCCGCUCCCCUCGAGCCCGCUCUCCCUCUUGUCCGUGUUCAACUCGCCCGACCUCGCCAGGCUGCACACGUACUUUUCCCCGCCCAUCCUCCUCACGUCCGUCCGCUUCAUCACGUCCCACCCUACCUCCCUGCCCCCCCUGGGCGCGUACGCGGCGCUGGGCGGUCUCGGCCAGAUCUUCAUCUUUGAGACGAUUGCGCAUUUCGGAUCCCUCACCCUCGUCAUGGUCACCGUCACGCGCAAGCUGUUCACCAUGCUCCUCUCGGUGUUUGUCUUUGGCCACGUCCUCACCCCGGGACAGUGGGCGGGCGUCGCGGUCGUGUUUGCGGGUAUUGGCGUCGAGGCGCUGUUUAAGCGUCGCGAAGUGUCAAAGCGCGCCCGGAGGGAUGUCAAAAAGUAG